CAUCAGCAUUUGUAAACAAACAAGUCUGCUGCUAAAGCAACUGAGCUAUCGAAGAUUUUUAUAGAUUUAAUAUAAAAAAAACUAAAUAAUACUACAAUUUAAUAAUGGCCACUGAAGAGCAUAAACGUUUAGCCAAUAUAAUCAAAUCUUGUCAUGAUUCUUUACGCUUUUUAACCAAACAACAUGGAGCGGACAAAGCGUGGCAGGAACAUAUUAAAGAUACCGAACGUCUAAAAGAAUAUGCAGCAGCAAUGCAUCAAUUGGCCAAUAUAUGGGAAGAGAAUACAACAAGUCAAGAUUUAAUGGCACAAAGUCGCAUCAAAUGGACCAUGGAAUAUUGUAUGGCAUAUUUCUUUUCCGAACGCAUUUAUUUGGAAAAACGAUUAAGGGAACAAAGAUUAUUAGAGUCUUGGGAAGGUUAUGACUGUAAACAAUGUCAAUAUCUGGAAGAUGUAACGGAAAAAGUUAAAGUUUUAGAUGUGGGCAGUUGUUUUAAUCCCUUUGGUAAAUCACCGUAUUUCGAAGUGACAGCCAUAGAUUUAUAUCCCGCCACAAAUGAGGUCCUAAAGGGAGACUUUUUAAAUAUCCAAGUAGAAAAUGUAGCUGAAACUAAAUUAAGCAAUAAUGAGGUUAUAACUUUACCUAAAAAUACCUAUGAAUGUGUGAUAUUUAGUUUGUUACUCGAAUAUAUACCCAGUUCGGAAUUAAGAAUCGAAUGUUGUCGAAAAGCUUACGAUUUGCUUAAAUUUGAAGGUAUCUUAGUAAUUAUAACACCCGAUUCCCAGCAUGUGGGCAAAAAUGCUGCUAUUAUGAAGAAUUGGCGUUAUACUUUGGGCACUUUGGGAUUUACACGAAUAAAAUUUGAAAAAUUACCACAUAUUACAUGCAUGGUCUAUCGUAAGGCCAGCGAUGCGAGAGUAGCAAAAAGAUGGUCUGAAUUACACAAGGAACCAAAUAUGUCUAUAGCAAUUGAUAUACCUCAGGACAAUAAAACAUUUGAAUAAUAAAGUUUAAUAAUUAUUUAAUAAAUUUUAAUGAAAACAUUCUUGUAAAUACUAAAUUAUUUUGGAACACGUAUCCGUUUGUUUCUUUUUUGAAAUUCUUCUGUAUGGAAACGUUUGCAAUGAUUAUACAUAUUGGAUUUGGAUUUAAAAGUAUUCGGACAAUAGGAACAUUUAUACAAAUCCACUCCUGUAUGUGUAGCCAUAUGUUCCUACAAAAUUCACGACAUUAAUAAA